CAUGCACAGUGUGGGGUAAGAGCGGUGGUAGUGGGGCCCUCUCGCGGCCUUCCUACCCCUGGCGCAGCUUCCAUGCCACUUCUCCAGCGCCGAUGUCGAUGAAGACAGAGCCAAUACCACACAGACGCCAUCAGCCAGCGCGAACCCGGCGCGGCGCUCGGGAGGACAAGACUACGCAAUGGCGGCCGCAAGCAAUGGCGGCGACGGCGUGUUGGCAGCCUCGCGCCACAUGCGCUACUUCCAGCGAUGCUUCCGCACCAUGCUCCCGCGCCAGUACAUGGGCAACGACAGCACCCGCAUGACCCUCGGCUUUUUCAUCAUCGCCGCCAUGGACCUCCUCACCCCUACCCCCACAGCCGCCGCCGGCGACCCGUCGCCACCACCAAAGCCCGACGCCCCCCUGACCAGCGAGGACCGCCGCCGCGUCCGCGACUGGGUCCUGGCCGCCCAGCACCCCCACGGCGGCUUCUGCGGCUCCCCGACGCACGCCCUGCCGGCGCACGAGUACGACGGCUGGGACUUUGAGGCCGCUGCCCCAGCGCCCGGCAGCCCGGGCUCCGCCAACGUCGCCGCCACCGCCUUCGCCUUGCUCCUCCUUGCCCUGGUCGCCGACCCCGCCGCCCCCGAGUCCGCCUUCGCCGGCGUGCGCCGCGCCGCUACGCUGCGCUGGCUCCGAGGGCUGCAGCGCCCCGACGGCAGCUUCGGUGAGGUCCUGGUCGACAUGCCCGCGGGGCCGGGCGCGACCCGUACGCACAAGACUAUCGCCGGCGGCCGCGACAUGCGCUACUGCUACAUCGCCUCCAUGAUACGCUGGAUCCUGCGCGGGGAUCUCAAGCAGGACGACCCCGGCUGGGUUGAGGACAUUGAUGUCGAAGCGCUCGCUCGGUAUAUCCGUCAAGCUCAGACUUUUGACGGCGGCGUUGGGGAGAGCUCCAUGCACGAGAGUCACGCCGGAUACGCAUACUGUGCCAUCAGUGGCCUGUCCCUCCUCGAGAGGCCCCUCGAGGGCCGAGGGUCCGUAAGCCACUGUGGCAUGCACGUCGACUCGUUGCUGCGCUUCCUCGCCUCGCGCCAGAUCGCCUACCAGGACCCGGCCGCCGACGAGGCCGACGGGGACCCUGACGAGGAGAAUUUCCCGCAGCUAUCCGCCCUGUCACGCGAAGCCGUCGCUGGGCCCUGCCCCGAGCACGUUGGGCUCAACGGCAGGUGCAACAAGGUCGCGGAUACGUGCUACACGUGGUGGGUGGCCGGCACCCUGGACAGCCUAAGGAGGCUGCCGGGCGGCGGGGCCGACGUCGAUAUCGCGCGCGAGCCGGCCCGCCGGUUCCUCAUGGACAAGACGCAGCACCUCAUUGGCGGCUUCAGCAAGCACCCGGGCGGGCCGCCGGACGUGUACCACUCGUACCUGGGGCUCGCCGUCCUGGCGACCAUGGGCGAGCCGGGCCUCAAGGAGUUCGACGAGUCCCUGUGCGUCAGCUCGCAGACUGUCACUUCGAUAGAAGCAGGGCGCCGGGGACUGUUAAAGCAGUGUUGUGGUGGGGACAAGGCGUCUCGCGAUCAAGUGGUCCGCCUUGGAGAACUGAUGGCUGGCUGUGAGGCCGACACCCUUGUGGGUAAGGGUGCUGGAAUGGAAGCUGCCGAGGGCGGACAGCUGCUAGAGCAGCUACUGUCAAGGCGAAUGCAGAUGACAAAAGCAUGACAUUAUGUUUGGUUUACUCUUGUUCGUUAGACGGAUAAUAGUAGCACUGUGAAUGACCAAGAGCUACUCGCAAUAUAAUUGAUAAAUGCUCGAGGUUGCGUGUUGAGGGAAAAUGUCUACGGCGAAUUAUUAAUACAUCAGGAAAUGAAUAAUCACAAAAAAGAAAAUGGUAGGGGACUGUGUUGACAUGGUGAGAACAAGUCACCGAAUAGCAUUGGCAGUGACGAGAAGCCCGAUUAGUAGAGUGCAGAAGGGAGUCAAGUCAG